AUCUUAAAAACUGGCUGAGAAUGAUCUGGCCCGGAUGGAGAAAUACAAGAACAUGAUCACCAAAGUUGGCAGAGCAAAGCAGAUGGACCCGGCUGUGAUUGCUGCCAUCAUAUCUAGAGAUUCCAGAGCUGGAGCCGUUCUGAAGAAUGGGAGGGAUCCCACAGGCAAUGGCUUUGGCCUCAUGCAGGUUGACAAAAGCCAAAAUCACACUCCAGUUGGUGCAUGGGACAGUGAGCGACAUGUCACACAAGCUACAGAGAUACUCAUUGGCUUAAUUAAAGAAAUUAAAGUAAAGUUCCCCAAGUGGACACAAGAGCAAUGCUUUAAAGGGGGAAUAGCAGCCUACAACAACGGUGUGAGUAGAGUCAGUGCGUAUGAGAAUAUCGAUGCCAAAACCACAGGACAAGACUACUCCAAUGAUGUUGUCGCCAGAGCCCAAUGGUUCAAAAGCAAGGGUUAAUGAAGAACAUAUAUGAACCUGUAAAACCCUUACAUUAGUGGAAUGAGUACAACAACUCAUUUCAUUCAUUUUUUUAUAUUAGGCCUACUGUAGUGGUAUGGUUAGUUAAAUAUAGAUAUUAGAUUGCUAAUAUAAUCUUUCCAAGCCAUUUAAGAGUUCGAGUUUUCAAAAUAUUACCAUUUUAAU